UUUUGAUUGAUUGCCCACAAGACACCAGUGUUUGACAAUAAAAUGUCAUUUUGAAAUGAAUAGGACACACUGUCAGGUUUUACGGUCAUCAUUUGGUAUUUGUCCAUUUCAGGGGAGAGAGAGAAAGAAUAAAAGGACACCCAUCCAUCAUUAUUAUCCAAUUUACAUGCACAAUCUUUAUAUAUAUACGUGUAUGUGCGCUUAGAUUGAGUACCUGUUUAAUUAUGAUGUCACAAAAAAGAGCGAAAACAUCAAACACAAUUGCAUGUAAAUGCGGGGUCUGUUUAUCUACGCGAAGACCUUUUAGUGAUAAGACCUCGUCCUAUAAACAAUGGUCUUGUUGGUAUUGACAUUUCAUGCUGAAAACGAAUUCAUUCUGCAGCGGGUUCACAAAACAACCAUUCAAACGCAUUUGUCUUUCUGGAUCGAUUAAUUGAAGUAAUUGAGAGAAAAUUAUCCGUACUACGUGGGGGCGUGCAGAGGAUUUUUAAAUUUAGAUUGGCCUAAAAUAUGACGUCUCGGUCUGUUGGUAUUACGGCCAAAACAUUGAGGGGGAGGGAAUUGUCAGGUACAAUAGAAAAAUGUAAACUUUUGUAGCAAACGACCUUUAAAUGAUCAUGAAAAUAAACAGACGGAUAGAAAAGGGGGACAUUAUCUUUAUCGUGAGAACUCGGUGCAUGACGAAGGUUUUGUUCUGUCAAUCAAUAGGGCGAGCUAAAUAUAAUCUUUGAGGACAUGCAGUUGGUAGCAGCAUUAAGAUUCACUUGGAAUAAACUUUUAUUUGAAAACUUUUGUAAAUAGAGUGACGACGUUACCUUUAAUUAGUCGAACGUCGGCACGACACGGAAACCAAAUGAUCACCCUUCCACUUUAGUUGCGUCAAAGGUCGCUCUUUUUAAAAAUAUCAGAAUUAUGAUAAUUUACCUGUGUGAUUAGUCUUUUUAUUUGAAGUGCGGGUUAUAGGCGAUGCGAUCGGGCAAACACAGCGCCAUGACUUCCACUCUGGAGUUCGACAACGCAGACGACAUGGAGCAGACGACAGCGGAUGGAUUCUGGGACUUGCCCGGAUUGAGAGCCACAGAUUACCAAAUAAGGAAAAGGGCCAGACGCGAAGGGCCAGCAUCACCCUCUGAUUCGGGUACCAGCUCAACAACAGACAUGACAGAUGAUGGCGAACAGAGAAAAAUGAAAAGCCCGAAAAAGUCUGCAAAGCGCCGUAAGGGUUUCAACGCCCGUGAGCGUAACUUACGUCGCCUCGAAAGCAAUGAACGUGAAAGACAGAGAAUGCACUCUUUGAAUGACGCUUUCGGAGCUCUGAGAGAAGUGAUUCCACACAUUAAAUUGGACAGAAAACUUUCAAAGAUAGAGACACUGACACUAGCCAAGAACUACAUCAAAGCCCUUACAAAUGUGAUAUGUGAAAUGCGAGGCGAAAAAACACCUUACAGUUUUGACAGCUCCUCCAGUAAAAAGGACCUGGGUCAAGAUGAAGAUGAAGAGGAAGAGGAAGAGGAGGAGGAGGAGGGAGAGGGAGAGGAAAGUGAAAGCAUGCUGAGUGUGGACACGGUGGAAAGCGUGGAUAUUGAAAACACCACAAAUUCUCCAUACGAUGAUCGGAGUUUCUUGUGAAAGGAUUUCAUCUCCAUAAAUCAUAGACGGAUGACUGUGCAAAUGUCAACGUUUUGUUUAGUUCAUGGAUUUUGGAUGGUUACAAAAUGGGGAUAUGCGACAUUAUCAUUCUGAGCUCAUUAAUGAAUUCCAACUUGUGUUCGCCGUUUCUAGUGUCACGCUAUAUUCCGGGCACGUGGAUUCUCUGUUGCUUUUUUGUAAAUUAUUUGCUUGAGAGAUGUGGCGUCUAGUUUCCGGAUUCUAAUUCCACCAGCCAAUAGGAAAAUGAAUUCAUUGAUAUUCCAAUAGCAUGCUACAGUUUCCAUCGCCAAAACCCCCGAUCAUUUACAACUUGGAUCACGAACACAGUCGACAUAUUAAGGUGUAUACACAGUGAAUCUCGAAAGGAAGAAAACCUAGAGACAACAAUUGUUUGCCAGUGUAAUUGAAAUACUCAAAAUACCAUUUUCUAUCCUUGUAUACGUGAAGAAUAUUCAAGGCAACUGCAAAGAAUUAUUUUUCCCCUUAGGGCAUGUCAGCUAUAUAUUAUAUUAAAAUACGGCUGAAAAAAUUCAAGUCAUGUAGUAAGGUAGUUUAUUUUUGACACGCUUGUACAUAUUUGUAUUUAUUUAACCGUGUAGAUACAGCUAAUCUGAGGACAUGUGGGUCACGACUAUGUUAAGGUAGUCUCACGUUUCUGCAGUGGGCUCUUGUCACCUGGUUUCUCCCGAUCACUUCACACGCGUGGCUAAGCUUUGGUGCUAUACAAUACAUUACCCUCGCCUAUCUAUUUUGUUUUCAAAUAGUUUCUCAAAACCAUUCCAUCUUCGAGACAAUUUUAAAGUCCAAAUGCAAGAAUGCUUUUUCAUUAAGAAGUGCUUUUCAGGAUUUUUUUUGGUUAAGUUUAAAUCCCAAACCAUCGCUCAUCUGGUCCCUUUUGCAAAGAAAAAAUAAAUAAAAUUAUCUCCCUUAUGUAGGUGAUGAUCAUCCUUAAGAGAAUAUAUAAAAAGGCGUUUGACCUUUACAACACCUCCCUUUCAUUGAUUAUAGUACAGUAAUUAAAUGUUGAACUAAUGAUGGCAUUCUUUAUCCGAUGAUGAGGAGUUUGCUCGAUGUGAUAUUGAUUAUAGAGAAGAAUUUCAUUCAUUGGGGAGGUAAGACCGAGUAUGCGUAGGAAAAAGAAAAGCCUCUCCUAUAACUAUGGGCAUUGUCCAGUCGUAAAUGAAUUGCAUUUGAAGGUAACUCUCCUCAACGUCUCUUCAGUCUAUCCGAACUGCAAAACUGUCUCUCGAUCUAACGAUAGCUCUUGUUUAUUCGAUAUCUAGUAAUAACGUUGAGUGGGUAUUGGCCAUUUUGAGUUUUAUCGUGGGACGUGGAGCUCGUUUUUCCAUUUUUAUUCCAUUGAAAAAAAUCUGUGACACUUUUGGCACUUUUUUUCCAAAUCUUGUCAGUUAGUGGUUUUUGGUUUUUUUGUUCUUUUUUGGCUUUUUAUGAGAAACGUUUGAAAAUACAACACAUUGCCAGGGAGUGAAUGAAAAGAGCCUGGUUGUCGUUCUAAGCGUAGCUUUAGCUUAGCUGCAGACAAGACCGUCUUAGUCCUCUUUGACUUUCUUUUUGUUUUUUUCACUUACAAUUGUGGUGAAGGUUCUAAGAAAGUCCAUUCAUGCUUGAAUUAUUUAUUCACCUUCAUCCCCCACCCCCUUUUUUUAGAUGAACUUUUUUUUGUUAUGAUCGAUGUAUAGGCAUAUAAAAUACACGACAACAAUAACUAUACAUCCGGAUAUGUACAUAUUUUUCUGUAUUAUCGCGUAUCAUUGCAUCUCAUAUUAAAACCAUAUUUAUUUUUGCUAAAUGUAUUUAAUUGUGUCACUCAUAUUGCAUAUAUGGUUAUUAUAUAAUAUAUAUUUACCCAUUUGUGUAUUUUAUCCCUGUUGGUCAUUGCUGUGUGCCUUUAGUUUUCUUUAAGAAUAUGAAUUUCAUAAAGUAACACCAUUUAUAUCAAUUUGAUUUGUAUUUAUCAGUGAUGCGUAUCCUUUGAAUAAGGUAAACAUGUACGCUGUUAUGGAAAUCGAGGCAUUAUUUUUAUCAUAUACCCAUGGAAUUGGGACAUCUUUAAGUUAUUAACAUACCAUACAAUUGUCUGAUCCUGUUUACUUGAUUGUAUGAUUCUAGUUCUGUAGUACUGGUACAACUAACAGGCACAUUGGAACAUUCUGUAAUUGAUAGCUAAAUCUGUUCUUGUUACCGUAAGCUAUUGCAGUUUAGUACAACUUUAGGAGAAUCUGAGUUUUGCUGAUGUUAGCUUGUGUUUAAGUGAAUCACUCCAAAUUUCCUAGAACUUAUUUUAGUUAUCUGAUCAGUUACUCCCCCCCCCCCCUUCUUCCGAAUCUCUCAAUAUUGAAACAAUUUAUGUCGUUAGGAUUCAGUGCUUUUAUUUUGGAAUUGUAUGUGUCAUAAGUAGAUUUAAACUAAUUUAUUCACGUAAUUCGUGCAGUACGAAGACUUAAAGUGUAAGUGAUUCAUUUUAAGCCCUGGCUGACUUCAACCAUAUAGAUAAUUUUAAAAAAUUCAGUUUCACCUGCUUAAUUAUCUUUAUGGCAAUAAGUUUUUUUCAUCAGUACUAAGUAAUUAAUGAAAUUAUGUUAAUUUUAACAUUUUCUUUUUUAAGUCACGCUAUUUUGAUUAAAUUACCAUGACCCUACAAAAAUACACGUGUCAUUGAUUUCCACACGUGAACUUCAUUUUCAUUUAUAUAGGCAUCAACAUGAUAGACAUAUUUAUUUAAUAAUUAAGGACACAUGUUAAUUACAUUGAGAAUGGUUGUGAGCUGGUCGUUGUUUUGUGGGUAUUAAAAGGAAGAACCUUCAGAAUUCUUCCCAUUAAUUACUCCUUUUUUUUUUGUUACAUAAUUAUUUUGAUAAACUAUAUUUAAUUUUGUAAGAAAAUAGACAUGAAAAAAAAAAUCUUGAUAAAAACAUUUUUUAUACGAUAGAAAUGAUCCGAAGAAUUCCAAUCUGAUGAUACAAUAUAGCAUUAUGGAUAGAAAAGUCUGACAAAACAUGAAAUGUACCUCUAAUUUCGAAGGGAGUUGGUUGUUUUCAUAUGCAGCACAGAUCUGUCCUCUAGCUGCAAAUUUUCCUUGCCAAUAAGAUAACAACUCCUUUGAAAGGUUGUAUAAAUAUUAUAUUUUGAUAUGCAUUCACUAGAUUUUCCACUAUUGAAAUGAAGAAUAUACGUAAAUGUGCUUCCUUCCCUUUUCCAUAUAGUGUAUGUAUCGACCCGUAUUUGCAUAGCCUGCUUGUAUACGUUUUGCUUCAUAGCAUUUUAUCAAUUGCAAUUUUCUUUAUUUCACUUUUCUUUUUUAUUUCAUGAGAUUUGCAAUAAAAUGCAUUUUUUUUGUAAAAAGCUGGAUUAUAGUUGAAAAGGGUGUUUUCUGACUAUUUAGUUUAUUUAUGAAAAAAAAGUUAACACAGAGGGACAUAGUUAUUGUCAUAUUUUGAUCAAUUGAAAGGUUGUUGAUUUAAACAAAUAUAACAUACAAAAUCAUCAUAUUUAUAAAUAUAUUUUGUGUUAUGAUAUUCAACCUUUUGAAUUCAAAUUAUAGACAGUUUGACAUUUGUCUCCUUCUCCAGAAUACUGUCCAUUGCGUUGUUGAUUUAUGGGAACAAUUUUGUUUUUUGCUCCUAAUGUUUUUUUAAAAAAUAAUGUUAUUACUCAUGAUAUAGAUUUUAAGAAUACUGUUUGACAUAAAAGAUGGAAAAAUGAAAAAAUAGUAAUAAAACUAUUGUUUGACAGAAUCAUUUCUUUGUAUCAAAACUGCGAAAAGUACAUAAUAAAAUAUUUUUCUAUUGCAA